CACACGUCCUCUGGGAACAAUCAAUCUGAAGACACAGCUGCGCCCGCACCUGGCAACAUGGCUUGCACAGUGGAGGGCUACUCUGUCAAGUUCAUCGAUACCGUCGCAAGUUAGAAAGGAGGACAAGUAGAUGACUCACGUGACUCACGAGUUUUGCUGGGCAGAUUUGGUCCCCUGUUUUCAUGAUGCCUGCAAAGACUACAAGCGAGACCGAGUAGGCCCUCACGUGGUACCAGUGGAAAUUACCCUCGGUCGCGCCCUGGCGUUGGAUGGCCCCAUUGGCCAGGUCUAUGGAGGCGAAGCUCACCACUUUCAGCUGAAGCAUCCCAACUACGCCUUCACCGGUGCUCGCCAUCAACUUCGACGGGUACACCUCGCACUCUAUAAGAAGUACAAGUUCCUUGAUUAUGACAAGGAUCUGACCAUUUUCUCUUCAAAUUUGUUGGCCAUGACGGAGUCAGAGAUGAAGACCUAUGCAUUGCUGAUCCGCAUAUUGGAGAAAUUCUAUUGGAAGCGCUUGCUGCGGCCCGAGAUUGACGACGAAACUCAUGGGAAGCAACGCAGUCAGGAGCAGGCCUGUCAGGUGCUGAGGAGCUACCGACAUUUUUGCCCAGUCACCUUUGCUGCCCUGAGACAACGAGGCUUUGAGGAAAGUCUCUUGAAGAUCGUAGAUCAGUGGUUGCGGAGUUUCUUCUGCUUUGGUUGGGAUCCCGAUUGGAAGCACAUGGGCAACUUUCAGAGACUCAUUCAGAUGCUCUUCAAGGUGAAAGUGGACGAGAGCGACCCUUUUCGAGAUCUGCGGCGGAUUUGCGUGUGCUUGCUGCUGCAAAACUCGGACAAGCUCUUGGAGGCCUGCCAACAGUCACGGGCCAGCACCGGAGACUUGGAGGCGAUCGCCAAGCGAGUAGUGCUGGGCGGCAGCUUUUUCCAGGUGCUGAAGGAGAUGAACUGCUGCGACAUGGAGUUGAGCACUGAAGACUUGGUGGCCUUCCUGCCCCUGGGGGUUCAUCGGUGGCUGGUGCAGCAUGCUUGAGCUUGACAGCGUACUGCCAGGCUCGGGCCUCGUGAUCCCCGCGGCCUGCGCCUGUAUGGGCCUGGUAGCUGUGUGUGCGGAGGCCUUGAGCGCGCUUCUGUGCAGGUUCUGUGAGCCUUCCAACGAUGUCAUCAUGAAAGAAGCCGAAGCAGAGGAGGACGAGGAUGAGGCUGAUGAGAGCUGGGAGGUGGAUCUGGAUGAUCUAGUCACCUUUGAGUUCCUGUUGGGCACCGGGCAGUGGCAGACCAGUUUGAGGCUCACCUAUGACGCGGUGAUCUCCAUGGAGCUGAACCCUCCCCCCUUGCCCGCCGGCCAGGUGAUCCAGCAAGCCUACUCUUACAAGUACCGAGGCCACCGACCCUUCCAGCAACAUGGGGAAGUUGGUCAAACGCCUUGGGUAGGUUGGAAUGACAAGUGGCGUUCUGCGUGGAAGACGCAGAACUAUUGAGAACUUCGCAGAGGAGGCGAACUUGGCGCGCCAAUUUCGCCUGGACCUCCUGGCGAAAUUGGGGAUUUGAUGAUGCACGUUGCACGUGUUCAACACAUCAUUGAACCUCCCAUGGCAGCGCUGAGGGCACGGGCAGCGCGAACCCGGACUCAUUUGGGCCUUAGAGGACCUAGAAACCCAUCUGACAGUUGCGGGAAACUCGCAGGCACUUGUGGGUCGGUGG